AACUUGCGAAAACGAAUAAGUCCGAUAUUUCCCCUUUACAGAACUCACAUUAGUUCAAUGGCAUAUAUUUGAUUUCAGGCUUCUUAUGCUGACGAGAACUGAUCGAAUGGGCGUCACUACAGGCCUUCUGUUAUUCCCAGUUCUACUUGUUAUGGGUGAAUCAUUUCAAGAAGCGGCCACUCAACAAUGCCCGGGCGGCAGAACUGAAUAUUCCACCUCGUGGAUGAUGCUUCAGCGACACGUCUUUAAAACAAUUCAUGUAUCAUUCGGAUAUGAGUGCUUACAGGCGUGUCAUCAGGAGAUCACGUGUCAGAGUUUUAAUUACGUCAUUUCUCAGUCUGCGUGUGAGCUCAACAAUCGCACCAAAGAAGCAAGGCCUGAGGAUUUUGUGCCUAACACCGACAGAUAUUAUUUUAGACGAGACAGGAACAGAGUCCCUCUCGGUUCAAUUCCUGGGCUGCCAGCUGAAACCUGUACAGAGAUCAAGGCGAGUGAAGGCGGACAAGCGGUCAGUGGCAAAUACUGGUUUGACGAGUAUAAAACAGGAAAAUCUGUGCUCACUCACUGUGACAUGGACACCGAAGGUAACGUCUUAAAAUUGAUCUGUUAUGUUGACGAGUGCAAUGCCCCAAGUCCCGUAUGUCACGCCAAUGCCACUUGUCAGAAUCUGCCUGGCUCUUAUCUUUGUUCUUGUAACGCUGGCUUCUUUGGAGAUGGACAAACUUGCACGUAUGAUGUAAAUGAGUGUGCCAGUGAUCCGUGUUUGAACGGUGGAUCAUGCAUAGAUCGUGAAAAUAGAUUCAGUUGUAGCUGCUUACCAGGGUAUCAAGGAAGUCGCUGUGAAAACGACAUUGACGAGUGUGCAACCUCAAGUCCCGUAUGUCACGCCAUCGCCACUUGUCAGAACCUGCCUGGCUCGUAUCUUUGUUCUUGUAAAGCUGACUUCUUUGGAGAUGGACAAAAUUGCAUUUGUAAGAGCAACUGGGUAGACCACUCAAGGGGGGAGUGACGGGGUCCCUUGCUUUAGAGCACGUGAUUAAGUCAGGUGAAGAAAAACAGGAAUGCGCGACAGGAUUGCGUUACAGAGCACAGAACAACGUAAACAGUCGGUAUUCACCCUCGGAGCUGCGAAAUAACUGUGCUUGCAGUUUUGCGGAUUUAAUAAUGAUCGAUUAUGCUGUCGCAAAAUAGUUAGUUCUAAUUCAUCUUCAACCUAACCAGUAAAAGGUUGUUAUACUUUAAUCCGCUGAAAUUAAGUCCUCCGCGUUUGGAUAUCAGCUCUCAGGAAAA